GUGACAAUUACGGAGCCUAUGAAAUGUUGUUCCUGUACUUUGCAAAUAAUGACUCGGAAGAAUUUUACAAUAUGGUCAGGAUGGAUCUUCAAUGUUUUCGUGUAUUAUACAAUUUAUUGUAUGAAAGACUCCUGAAAACCAGUUUGCGGAGACCUCUCAGUGGGGAAUUAAGACUUGUGCUCACAUUAAACUACCUUGGUCACGGAGACAGUAUGUUCUCCUUGGCAAAUCUUUUUCGCGUGGGUAAAAGUACCACCUACACAAUUAUACACGAAGUUUGCCCACUAAUUUGGGAAGUGUUGUCGCAAAUAUAUCUGGCUUGGAAAUCUGCUGAGGAACUAUCUAUUGUCGCUUAGGGCUUCCAAACAAGGUGGAAUUUUCCUAAUUGUUUAGCAGCUUUGGACGGCAAAGAGAUAAGAAUUAGAUCUCCUCCGCGCUCAGGCAGUAUGUUCUAUAACUAUAAAAAGUUUUUAAGCUUCAAAGUCCUGGCGAUAUGUGAUGCUUUUUACCGUUUUACGUGGGUAAACAUAGGCGAUUUUGGUACUAGCAGCGACUUGUCGACUUUUCGGGAAACCCAACUGUAUCAUGCGCUUGAAAAUAAUGAAGUCGACCUUCCUGAAGCCAGUAAUCUUCCGCGAACAAACAUCAGAAUGCCAUAUUUUUUCAUUGGAGAUGCCAUUUUUGACAUGAAGCCGUACUUCAUGAUUCCGUACAAUAGAAACGUCCAUCUAACACCUGAAGAAAUUACAUUCAAUAGAAGGUUGUUUAGGGCAAGAAAUUGCAUCGAAGAUGCCUUCGGAAUUCGGGGCAACAAAUUUCAAGUUUUGAACGACCGGCUUGAUUUCUCCUUGAAGCAUUCGAUAAGCAUCAUUCAAGCAUUAGUAUGCUUACACAAUUUUGUGCGCACCUACGAAUUAAUGAACCCUCCAGAGAACAAACGUUACAAUGUUCCCGUUCGGGUCGCUGAAGGCGAUGGUGCAAUUCGUGCAGCUCGAAACCGAAACGUUCAAAAUGAAUACGUUGGUCCUGACGAUGUUUAUCAACGGCGAGACACAUUAGCGGCUUACUUUUCUUCUCCUGAAGGUGUACUCCGUUAUCUGUGAGGUGUUACUGCACUUAUUAUUUAAUUAUUUACUUAAUAAUGAAAUCUGUAUAUUUCAAAUGUCAAUAAAGAGAAAACAU